UAUAUAGGUCUGUGAUGGGAAGUUAUACUGUUGAUUGGUACAAACGUUAAAGCUCUUUGAACCCACUUUGUUUACCAAGUUAUUCAAGAAUAACAAACUAGAGAGAGUUAGAUCUUACAUAGUGAUUUGGAGCAUUAGAGUCAGAGUGCUAUUAGGCAAGAGUCUAGAUUUUAAAGUAUUCUAGUUAGCUUAGUCUGCAUCUAGAUCUAAUGUCAUAGAUCUAGAUUUAGAUGAUAGACUAGAUCUAAUAUCGAAUCAAGGAAGAUCAAGAUGGCUUUCCCAAGAGCCAGGAUCAAAAGAUUCAAUGAAACAAAUCAUGACAAAUGAUAAUAUUCCUAAAGUCGGCAGUUACAAUCUGUUAGAUGAUCAUCAUGGUCCUAUUAAAGACUUGGAACUGAACAGAACAAGAUCCCUUAACAGAUUAGAUCAAAGUGGAAGGACAUAUAAAGAUAUAGGGUACAGAGUCCCAGACAACAUUGAAAUGCAUAGGAAACUAAAAGAAGCUCAGGACCAGAUCAAAAGCUUGGACAUUCUCCUUAAUGGGGCCAACAAACAAAAGGAUAUGUUUGAAACAAAAUGAUAAAGUCUUGGAACAGAAGUUGUCUUCAGGUGAAAAAAAUCUGAAAGAGCUAGAAAGUGAAAAGAACAAAUUAAACAAAGCCAUUUCAGAAUUGCAGAAGGAAAAUACAGAUUCGGAAAGCAAAAGAGCCAGCGCUGAACAUGAGGCCAUGCUAUUUCUGCUCAGCUGGAAAAGGAAAAGAACAUUGUAAAGAAUCUACAGAAAGAAUGCUCGUCACUUCAGUCUUAUGUCUGUAAACUUCAGAAUGAGGUGAAAGAACUAGAAUCUGAGAAAAUCAAAUUAGCCAAAAUCAUUUCAAAGUUGGAAAACACUAAAGCUAAUUUGGAGAAAGAUAGGGAUGCCAUCUCUUCUUGUUUGAAUGAGGAAAAAGAAAGGUAUAAGAAAGAAUGUGCCACUUUGAUGUCAACAAUAACACAGUUGCAAAGGGAGGGGAAAAUCUAUGAUGAGGAAAACAAUCAAAUGGACAGAACAAUCCAAGAGCUAGUGACAAUGAAUGCCAGUCUAGAGAAAACUAAAGAUAUCAUUGCUACUCAGCUUGAAGCCGAGAGAGACAAGUCACAGAAAGAGUUAAAAUCAUCCAUAUCAGUAUUACUAGAGGAAUCAGAGGCAGAGAAAGUCAAGUUAAGCAGUAGAAUAACAGAGUUACAGAAAGAGACUUUAGAAUUGGGAAAGAAAUUAGAAAAUACUGAGCAAGAGUUUCAAUCUGUUUCAUCCCAACUUUUGGAAGAAAAGAGUUCAGUCAGCACUAUCAAAGAAGAAUGCUCAGCAAUGAAUUUUACCAUUUUAAAAAUGGAGAAUGAAAUAGCAGGUUUGAAAACUGAAAAAAUUAAUUUAGUCCAAGGUUUAUCAGAGUUAGAAAAUGUAAGAGCUAGUCUUGAGAAAGACAAAAAUGGCCUCUCUUCAUGCGUAGAGGAGGAAAGAGAAAAGUCCAAAAAAGAAUGUUCUGUUUUUAUGUCAUUAAUAACAGAACUAAAACAGGAACGUGAACAGUUUCACCCGGAAGUGGUUCAAUUAAAAAUAACAAUUGAUGAGCUAGAGAAACAAAAUGCUAGCUUAGAGAAUGAUAAGAAAGCUAUUUCUUCCCAAUGGGAAUUCGAAAGAGACAAAUCACAGAUUGCACUUGAAGAAUCAGAGGCAGAGAAAGAGAAAUUGAAUGCUAUGAUAUCAGAGGUACAGAAAGUGUCAUUGGAGUUGGAAAAGAAAUUAGAAGAUUCAGUACAAAAGUGUCAAGCGAUUUCUUCUGAACUGAAGGAAGAAAAGAUCUCAGUCAGCACUUUCAAAGAGGAGUACUCAUUGAUGAAGUUAGCUGUUUCAUCAAUGGAAACUGAAUUAGCAGAUCUAAAAGCUGAAAGAACAACUUUAGUUCAGACUAUGUCAGAAUUAGAAAAUGCUAGAAUCUGCCUUUCUUCUCGCCUUGAUGAGGAGAGAAACAUGUCAAAGAAAGACUUAUCGAUUUUAAUGUCAUCAGUUGUAGAGCUAAAAAAUGAUAUUGAAUAUUUUCAAGUGGAAAAAAAAUCAUUUAAAUGAAGCCAUCAAUGAGUUAAAGAUGAAAAACACUGGGUUAGAAGAAGAUAGAAAAGCCUUGUCUUGCCAGCUGGAAGAUGAAAAAGAAAAGGCAGAGAGACAUGUAGCAGAAUUAUUGGAAGAAAAAGUCAGACUAAAUGAUAUUAUUGCUGUUUUGCAGACAGAGUCUUUAGCAUUGAAAAAUCAAUUAACUAAUUCUGUUCAAGAAUGUCAAGUUCUUUCAACACAACUGAAUGAAAAAAAUGUGAAAUAUUUAGAAAUGAAGUCAACUAUCUCCAGAUUGGAUGAAGAAGUGACAUAUUUAGAAAAUACAAAAGCUAGCCUGGAAAUGGAGAGGGAUAGCAUCUCUUCCAGUAUGAUGGAGGAGCGAGAAAAGUUUCAUAACGAAUGUUCAGUACUGACAUCUUCAAUCUUAGAAUUACAGACCACAGUAACAAACUCUGAAGGCAAGAACAAUGUCUUGAAUAAAACUGUAACUAGAACUGCAAUCUAAAAAUGCUCAUUUAGAAAAUGAUAUGAAUAUCAUUUCUUCCCAGCUAGAUGCUGAGAGAGUCAAGUCAGCAAAAAAGAAUUUUGAGCUUAAGUCGACCAUAUCUGCAUUGCAAGAAGAAUCUCAGCCAGAAAAAGACCAAUUGAAAAUGACCAUAUCUGCAUUUCAAGAAGAAUUUCAGGUAGAGAAAGACCAGUUGAAAAUGACCAUAUCUGCAUUACAAGAAGAAUCUCAGGCAGAAAAAGACCAAUUGAAAAUGACCAUAUCUGCAUUUCAAGAAGAAUUUCAGGUAGAGAAAGACCAGUUGAAAAUGACCAUAUCUGCAUUACAAGAAGAAUCUCAGGCAGAGAAAGACCAGUUGAAAGCUGCCAUAUCAGAAUUACAGAACGACACCAUAGAAUUAAAAGAGAAAUUAGAUUACACUAAGCAAAAGUGUCAAACUGUUUUGUCUGCAUAAAGAAAGGGAGUCUCUAAACUCAUACAAAUUAGAAAACUCACAGAUGAAAUCAACUAUUUUGAAUAAAGAGAAAGAAGUAGCAGAUUUGAAAGCUGAAAUUUGAAAUCUAGCUAAUACUUUAGUGGAAUCAGAAUGCAUUAGAAACGACCUUGAGAAAGGCAAAAAUGUCCUCUCUUCUUGCUUAGCUGAUGAAAGGGAACAAUUCAAGAAAGAAUGCUCCAUUUUGAACUCAUCAGUAGCAGAACUGACGCAGAAGCUUGAGCACUGUGAGAAUGAGAGAAGUAACUUGAAUCAAACAAUACAGGAGCUCAAGACUAUGAUUGUCCAUUUGGAAAAAGACAAGGAGGCUUUGUCAUCACAGCUGGAAGAAAACUGGAAACUGAUUAAAAAAAUAGAGCCUUUCAGAGAUGUCUUGGAUAAUUUUCAAAUGGAAAAAAAAUUCUUGUUGGAAAGAGACAAAUAUACAAGUGAGCAAAUGGAAAGAUUGACCAAAGAAGCCAUUAAAAACAUGGGUCAUCAAAACCAUCGCCAGAAAGUCAAAUAUGUAGAGACUUUGAAAAAGAUUGCUCCGGUGAUUGCUACUGCACAAUGUGACUCUUCCAAAAUGGCACAGAUACCUGGUGAACCAAGAAUUCCUUUUAAAGGAAAAAAAAUGCUGUCUGAAUCUGAGUGCAUGUGCCCAGUAUGCAUUAGCACACUGCUCCAGCCUGUAACAUUUCCCUGCAAUCACUCACUGUGUUUAAAAUGUUACAAGGAAACAGUGAAAAAAGCCAACCUCUCAUGUCCAGUCUGCAGGAAGCGCAUUUCAGUCUGGGCCAGAAAAGCUGCCAAGGAAAAUAAAUUGAUAAACAUGGAAAAGUGGAAAGACAUCCAAGAGGCCUUCCCUGAAAAAGUGAGGCGCAGGCUGGAAGCCAGUGAAGAUGAUGAAGAUGAUUUUGAAGCCCAGGAAAGAAGACAAAUUUCCUGUCCUGGAGAAAUCAGACAAGAAUAUGAAGCUGCUAUCCAGCAGAUUCGGCAAAAAAAGGACGAACAGGCAAAGAAAGAGGAGGAGGCCAGUAAAGUAAAUUUUGAAGCUCUGCAACAGGAAGAAUUUUUGUCAGAAAAUGUGGAAAUAGAAGAGAAAGCACUGAUGCUUGAAAAGAAAAAGUCUAAAAAAAAUAGCCUCCUUUUGAAUCCAGUUGUCAGAUUAAAGAAGUGCUUAGAAGCAGAGGAUAUGGUGUUGAGUUGGAGAGCUAACAACUGUCUUCCUAACACUGAAACUUUCCAUGACUCUUCACAACUCACAGAAAACAGAUCAGCUAUACCUGCUGGCAAUAGUUCAGUUCAGACUGAUGACCUUAGGUUUGCAACAAAAUUACAAGAAUUUUUUGACUUAAUGGAUAAAAAAAGAAUUGUGGUGGAUAGGUCAAAAGGAUCCAGAAAUGAAUAUACAUGGCGUAGAAAGCAUAAAUGUGAUGAGUGACUGUUACAUUGUGUUGUUGAUUGUUAUAUGUUGGGUUGAGUUGUUUUUUAUGUUUUAGUAAUGUUUUUGUUGUUGGCUACUUUCAUUUUGAUACUGUCACAUGACCCAUAACAGUCUGACCUUUUGCACUUACCUAUACUAUUGAAUGACAUCGUCAUACAAAAUAACAAUUUAAAAGAAAGAAUAAUUAUAAGUUAUGUUCUUUAUCAGCCUCUAGGCAUCAAUUUAUUGUUUAUGUCCAGAAUGUACAGAAUGCUGUGUAAACAUAUGAUGUUAUUCUAAACAUAGACUUAUUGUUCUUGAGUUGUUGAUUCCAAGUGCUUCCUAUUCUAUCUAGAUCACAUGUUUUUGAAUUAUAUUGGUCUAUAUAUAUAUAAAUAUACAUUACAAUUUAUUGAUGAUUCUAUUUAUCCAUCAUUUGAAACCUUUCAUUUACUUUUUUUUACUGCUAAUUAUCAAACAAAAUGUCUAGAUUACAUGUAUGAUCUUUGCAUAGUCUGUGCCAAACAUUUACCCUGUAUUGUCAUGUUAUAUUUGAUAUUUUCAUGUAUUAACUUACUGCCAAAGCCUUAAAGAGAAAUACAUUCAUUAAUCUUUGAAGGUAAAUUUAGCAUUAUUUGCUAAAACUUUGUAAAAAAAAAACACUAUUUGAAAAUUAUUUGAAAAUGUCUAAUUUUUUUUUUUUAAACUUUAAGCAAGCAUUGUUUAUUAGAAUACUAUCAGACUUAAUCAAAAUACAUUUUCUUAAACUAAAUUGAACUAAAACUUUGACAGCACAUUGAUUAAAAUGUAACAGACUUUGUUUUUGUCAUGCCUUUUAAUAAAAGCCUUAAUGACAAAUGCCAUUUGUAAUUGAAUCCAGUCUGUAUUAUAUAAACACAGAGAACAAAUACCUGAGGAUUGUAUGGAGAUAGUUUAAUAGUUUGUACAAAAUAUAUCAUCACUACAUUAUGUGCUCACCAAGAGAAUUAUGGGAUAGAAAGAUAGUAACAUCAGAAACAACAUACUCUAGUGGCUAUUGUCAUUCAACUAUGUACAUACUCUAAUGGAUACUUGCCUUGAUCAAUAUACAACUGACUUCAAUGGAUCCUAUCAAUUUACUGUGUGGGAGACCAAAGUUCAACUAUAAUUAAGAUGUUAAAACAAUACAUUCUAAACUCAAUCACUAGUUUGAUGUGAAUUCACUGAACUAUGUAUUUCAAAACUUGAGCUAUUUUGUGCAUGCAGUGUCUUCUGUUUUCUUGUCCCAUGAAAAACCAAAAGGUCACUCAACACUAUUUGAUCACAUCACUAUCCUAACUUUUAACAGCAGUUAGUUGCAUAAAUAGUUCUGUACAUAUAUAUAUAUAUAUAUA